AUGGGUGUUGCUAUAUUUGGAAUCAAUGUCAGAAAACGUAUGACAUUUUCUACCAUUAUCUUAAUAAUCUCAUUUAUCAUAACGGCAAUUUUGGCUGAAUUGGAUACCUCAAAGUGGAAAGGAACCUUUAUUAUCCUAACUAUUGCUACCGUCGCUUUCAGCAGUUUGUUUGGAACUACCGUUUACUUAUCCAGCCUUCAUGGAUUGUCUAGCAUAUUUCCUAAAGAAUAUUCACAAGCUGUACAAAUUGGCCAAGCUGUGUGUGGUGUCUUUACUGCAGCGGUAAAUGUCCUAUCCAUAAUCGAUGUGCAGCAGAAAAUGAAGCAGGACAGAGAUGAUGAUCAAUUUUGUAGUGAAUCUGAUGAAGAGUUUGACCAUAUAAAGUACGACAAGAGUACUAUUAAACGUGUUAUGUAUAUUACAAGAAAGAUAUGGCCAAUACUCUUAGCUCUUUUUCUAUGCUAUAUAGUCACACAUAUGGUUUAUCCAUCUAUUACCACUCGCAUUUUUUCUAUUCAUAAAGAAAGUCAUGGCCCAUUAACAGGGAGAUUAUUUAUACCAGUCGCAUGCUUUCUGGUAUAUGCAAUAGCUGAUUUAGUUGGCCGUAUUAUUUCUGGAUGGAUAUUAAUGCCAAACUAUAAUCAAGGCCUAUCUCUGUUAUUUUUGGCUGCAUGCAGAUUUAUUCUUGUUCCACUCUUCAUAUACUGUAAUGUCCAACCACGAAAGCAUUUAUCGGUUAAAAUUCAUAGCGAUGUUGUUUAUAUUAUAUUGAUACUGGUGCUAGGUCUUUCUCAAGGCUACGUGAAAACCUUAACGACAAUGUAUGCUCCAAAGUUGGUCCAUUCUCGAUUUAAAGAAGCUACAGGAGCAAUGGUUUAUUUCUGUAUUACUAUUGCAUAUAUUGUUAGUUCAUUGAUGGCAUUCGGGGUCAGCGCAAUACCUUAG